AUGAGCGAACGGGCUAUAUUGGCUGCAAAAAACAUAGAUGUAAAUGAAUUAAAUUUAAAAAUUCAAGAACAAAUUACAGGUGAAUCGAGUAUAUAUAAAUCAGUUGAUUCGGCAACUAACCAAUAUGAUGUAGUCAACUAUCCACCGGAAUUUUUAAACUCGCUGGAUUUACCAGGAUUGCCACCUCACAAUCUUAAAUUAAAGGUUGGAUCGGUUGUUAUAAUGUUGCGAAAUAUCAACCAACCGCGUUUGUGCAACGGCACACGGUUAGCGAUAAAAAAAUUACUGAACAACGAGAUAGAAGCAACUAUAUUGAAAGGAAAGUUUAAAGGAGAGGAUGUUCUCAUACCGUGCAUCCCAAUGUUACGUACCUACGUAUUUAGUAAUUAA